AGAACCACGUGUCCUAUGACGUAAUUAGAAAAGAUCACGUGAGAGCGCGUCGCUGAGAUCAGAGUGUUAGCCAGCAAGCCCCACCGGGCUGUUGCCAUGGUAGUGGUCCGCGGUUAUCCAGCCUGGCUAGCUGGCUAAGUAGCGUCGCUGUCUGGAUCCCAGCUGAUACUGUACAGAGCUUGGUUGGCGGGACUACAGAAUGGGCUGAGGCGGUGGCUGCUGCCCGGACAAGAAGUUGAAGCCGGGCUGGAAAAAUGGAAUUGUAUGAAACCCUCGGAAAAGUGGGAGAGGGAAGCUAUGGAACAGUCAUGAAGUGUAAACACAAGGACACUGGGCAGAUAGUGGCCAUUAAGAUAUUUUAUGAGAAACCAGAAAAAUCUGUCAACAAAAUUGCAGCAAGAGAAAUAAAGUUUCUGAAGCAAUUCCGUCAUGAAAACUUGGUGAAUCUGAUUGAUGUUUUUAGACAGAAAAAGAAAAUUCAUUUGGUGUUUGAAUUUAUUGACCACACAAUAUUAGAUGAGUUACAACAUUAUUGUCAUGGACUAGAAAGUAAGCGACUUAGAAAAUACCUCUUCCAGAUCCUUCGAGCAAUUGAAUAUCUUCACAGUAAUAAUAUCAUUCAUCGAGAUAUAAAACCUGAGAAUAUUUUAGUAUCCCAGUCAGGAAUUACUAAGCUCUGUGAUUUUGGUUUUGCACGGACACUAGCAGCUCCUGGGGACAUUUAUACAGACUAUGUGGCCACACGCUGGUACAGAGCUCCAGAAUUAGUAUUAAAGGAUACCUCUUACGGAAAACCUGUGGAUAUCUGGGCUUUGGGCUGUAUGAUCAUUGAGAUGGCUACAGGAAAUCCCUAUCUUCCUAGCAGCUCUGAUUUGGAUUUACUUCAUAAAAUCGUUUUAAAAGUAGGCAAUUUGACACCUCAUUUACAGAAUAUCUUUUCCAAAAGUCCCAUUUUUGCUGGGGUGGUCCUUCCUCAAGUUCAGCAUCCUAAAAAUGCAAGAAAAAAAUACCCAAAACUAAAUGGAUUAUUGGCAGAUAUAGUUCAUGCUUGUUUACAAAUUGAUCCUUCUGAGAGGAUAUCAUCUUCUGAACUUUUACGUCAUGAGUAUUUUACUAGAGAUGGAUUUAUUGAAAAGUUUAUUCCAGAACUGAGAGCUAAGUUACUUCAAGAGGCAAAAGUCAAUUCAUUCAUAAAGCCAAAAGAGAAUUCUAAGGAAAAUGAAUUUAUGAAGGAUGAGAGAAAAACAGUUUAUACCAAUACACUAAAUAGUUCAGUUUUGGGAAAGGAAAUGGAAAAAGAGAAAAAGCCCAAGGAAAUCAAAGUCAGAGUUUUUAAAGUUAAAGGAGGAAAAGGAGAUAUAUUAGAACAAAAAAAGAUGGAGUAUGAAGGUGGACAUUUUCAACAGGAUACAACUGAAAAUGCUCAUACUAUGUCUCCAGAUACAAAACCUGUAAUUAAUAAACCAAACCCUGUCAAUCCUGUCAACACCUGUAAUGGCAUGAAAGAUGAACCACAUGCUGGAGGUAGUGUGAUGAUGCCACCCAUCAACCUACAUAGCAGUAACUUAAUGACUUCAAAUCUCAUUUCAAAUCUCACCCACUCCAAUUCAAGGUCUACUGAAAGAGCAAAAAAGAGACGUACUUCUUCACAAGCUAUCGGACAAGUUACGUCUAAGAGCAAACAUGAGGAUACAGUUCCCACUCAAAGCCAAAUGGAGAAGCGUAUAUUUAAUGAGCGAGCAGGUCAGAGUGACCAAAUGGCAAAUGGAAACAAAAGGAAACUGAAUUUUUCCAGAUCUGACAGGAGAGAAUUCCAUUUCCCCGAGUUGCCUUUCACAAUACAGUCAAAGGAGAUGAAAGGAAUAGAAGUUAAACAGAUAAAAGUGCUGAAGAGAGAACCAAAGAAAGCAGAUUUAUCUAAAAUACCAACUUUACUUAAUGUGGAUCAAAAUCAAGAAAAGCAAGAGAAUACAGGAAAUGCACAAACUGAAAGGAAGAAGAACCUGCCAGGUGUAGAGUAGAAAAAUGCAGCAGCUGAAAAUUCAGGGAAUCCCAGAAUCACUGGUGGAGAUGGCCAUUGUGAGGGGAAGAAUUUGAAGAGGAACAGAUUUUUUUUCUGGUAGCAUCUUUUCUUUUAAAUCUUAAAGAUAUGAACUGGCAAGGCUUCCCUUUUUAAGUAUGUACAAUAGACAUGUUACAUGAGCUGGUAAGACAGCCAUUUGUCUGCAUUAACAUCCAAUUUUGUUUUUUUAGCAAAACAUUCACUGUUUUGUUCUUUAUUCUAAGAACUCUGUUGAUGUGAUGCUUUGAUUUGGAAUUAUAAUGUCAUCUCUUUCCCUGC